CGACCCGCGCGUUGAAACGCGCUCCUCUGUAACCGUGGCCUCUGUAUUCAUUACGUAAAUCUAAGACCGGCCGGCAUAUUUCGGGUUUCGCGGCUAUUUCGCCUUUUUCUUUUCGGUUUUAGCGCGAUUUGUGAAUGAAAGUUUAGUUGAUUCGUCUUGAAAAGACUUUUUACAGUGUUUUUGGACUUAUUGCCUAGUUUGACUGGAGUUUGCGAAUGACGGUUUAGAAUUACGUAGUGAAUAACGUAUGGUGGUGUAGUAAAUUCGAUUCUGUGGGGACACUUCCGUUUAAAAUGCUUAUGUCGUCUACUGAGCACAACUUGCAUUUUGAUAGAUUUGGGUGUUCGAGAUUAGAUAUUUAUCGGGUAUCUAAUACAUAGUAUCAUUUUUGGAAACAUUUGUGAUAUCGAGAUCUGGCGAGUAUCGUAUUCCCGGAAAUAGAAGGGCGAAAUGACUCGAAAGCGUUGCACAUCCGCCCUAACCCUGGGCGCAAUUGUGUUCUUGUGCGCGGUCGUGGUCGUGGUGUGGGUGCAAUUCAGUCAAGGCGCUUUUGACAGGCGGUCGAGAUACAAGGGUACCGAUAAGACCACAGAGAUGGGGGCAACCAUUACCAGCGACUUGCAAGUAGAGCGGCAAACGUACGGAGGAACCGCGGAAGCGAACAGCACAAAAUCAAAAGGAUUUAUAGAAAAAACACAUCUAGAUGAUUUGGGUACGGAAGAGGCAAUAUUUGUUAAGCCAUUGAAAAUCAACCCAGACGAUGAAAACUUAGCGUAUGAUAUGGGCAAUUCUGGACAUUUUAGUACGGAAAAGCCGGUAGUAAAACACCAUAGUGGGCACUUUAGACACAAAAGUGCUGAAAUUUGGGAUCCUCAUCCUAAAUAUGAAAUUGAUGCUUUCGGGAAGAUAUUGGUUUUAGAACUAGAAAAUAAUCACAAUUUUGUAGCACCUGAUUUAGAUAUUGUAAAUCAUGGCUCACAAAGAGGACACAGCUUUAAACAUGAUACAAAAAUGGGAAAGUGCUUCUACACGGGAAAACUAAAAGAUGACACAAACUCAGCAAUAGCAGUCAACUUAUGCCAUGGAAUGACGGGUUACAUAAGGUCUUCCGAUGCCAAUUACUACAUCGAGCCUGCCGAAAAUUUUACCACCGGUUCUUUGGGAACCAUCCUGCAUCGCAUCAAGAAACUGACACAUGCCGCCGAUGAAAGCAAUGACAUUCCCAUUUUGGAGCCGUCGUUUGAUGUCGUCUUCAAAAACGAUAACGGUACACAUUCGAUUAUUGAAGAUGAUUUUCCAGAAGAAGUGGUCCAAACACAUCACACAAUCAGAAAGCGUGAUAUUGCUUUAGAUGAAGACAUACUUUACGAUUACGUUAGAAAUGAAGAAAAUAGUAACGCGGAAAAUUUAAGGCAUGCUCGAAAUACCGAUUAUAGUGUUUUCUCUAAAGCCAGUAAUGAGUAUUUUGUUAAAGUGUUAGUUGUUGCAGAUCGAACCAUGCUCGAGUAUCACCAAACCUAUGAAGAUCUAACUAAAUAUAUUUUAGUAUUAAUGUCUCAUGUUGCCCUCUUAUUUAAGGAACCUUCAAUUGGAAAUGCUAUUAGCGUUUCAGUUGCUCAUAUUAGAAUAUUGGACUAUCCUGUGGAUAAUUUUUCUAAUUCUCUCUCGCAAGAUAUGUUAUUUGGAUUCUGUAAGUGGAAGCAAAAACAUAUUACAGACACUUCACAUGAUGUAGCUCUCCUUUUAACUAGACGAGCAAUCUGUAAGAAUACCACGUCCUGUGCCACUCUAGGAGUCGCUGAAGUUGACUCCAUGUGUAGGCCCUCAGGAUGCACCAUAGUACGAGACAAAGGAUUGUCCACUUCAUAUACUAUUGCUCACGAAUUUGGGCACGCUAUGAGUAUGCCUCAUGAUGAUGAUAAGAAGUGCUCUUCGCACAACAAACAUAGCAAAACCAACAAUAUUAUGAGCAGGACAACUAGAAACGAUUCUAAACCUUUUAUGUGGUCAAAUUGCUCGAGACAUUAUGCCACAGAAUUUUUAGACUCAUCAAGAUCAAAUUGUUUGCUCAAUCCACCCUCAAGAAAUGAAAUCCUUUCAAACUACUCUCAAAUGUUACCUGGAGAUGUAUUUGCAGUCGAUACCCAAUGUGAAUUAGAAUAUGCACCAGGAUUCAGAAUGUGCAGUGGUUCGUUUAAUAGACCAUGCGGUCAUCUUUGGUGUAGAGACUCAAGUGGUAGUUGUCACAGCCAGUUUUCUCCGUGGGCUGAAGGCACGAAAUGUGGACCUUAUAGCUGGUGUUACAAAAGAGAAUGUGUUGCAAUGGAUCGCAGACAAUUAGUACCGAUAGAUGGUGACUGGGGCCAAUGGCAAGAUUGGGGACCAUGCAGUCGAACAUGUGGUGGUGGCAUUUCUAAAUCAAUAAGGGCUUGUGAUCGACCCAGUCCUGAACAUGGAGGAAAAUACUGUACUGGGAGGAGUGCCAGAUAUAGGUCAUGCAAUACUCAAGAUUGUGAUGAAAAAACAAAAGACUUUAGGGAAGUCCAAUGUGCCGAAUUUAAUGGAAUUACAAAGAGUUUGCCGAAUCUAAAAGCUGAUGUUGAAUGGGUGCCAAAAUACGGAUUGGGUUCGAUGGAACGUUCAGAUGACUUCUGUAAGUUAUAUUGCAAACCAAGCCACUCAUCGGCAUAUUAUGCUUUGAAAGAUAAAGUAAUAGAUGGUACUAAAUGUGGAAAAUCGGGUUUCGGCAUUUGCGUUAAUGGGGUGUGUAAACAUGGAGGGUGUGACAAUAGACUCGACUCUGGGAAUGUUUUAGAUGAAUGUGGUGUAUGUAACGGCGACAACAGCACUUGUCAAGAAAUAUCUGGAGCGUAUAACAAAACUGCUGAUCAAGUCAGUUAUAACAAAGUAGUCCGCAUACCCAGAGGUAGCUCUAAUAUCGAUGUUCGACAAGUUAGCCACAAUAGUGAUGAAAAUUUUUUGGCUUUAAGAGAUGGCGAAACAGGUGCGUACAUUCUUAAUGGUGAUCAGAUGUUGAUGAUACAGGAAAUGGAAGUUGAAUAUGGCCAAACGAUCAUCAAGUAUAGCGGUAGCUCGGCUCUCGUGGAAAGAAUUACAACACUAAGAAACCAAAAGUUGCACAAGGACCUUGUGGUGGAAGUACUGUCUAUAAAAAAUCUGUCACCCCCCGAUAUCACAUAUCGAUAUCUAAUAAGCAAAGAGGCAGCUCCUAGGUUUCCGUGGCGCUACCAGCCAUUUAAUUCCCGAUUGUCAAGAUACAGCUGGCGGCUCAAUCAGAAACGCUGGUCUAAAUGCAGUUCAAUCUGCGAGGGGACUCAGUACCGCAAGCCCAUAUGUGUUGAUUUGGACAAAGGAGUCGAGGUCCAUGCUACGUAUUGUGAUAGUAGUGAUGUGGAAAGCGCAACAGAGAAAAGACAAUGCAACAAUGACUGCAGUCUCACGUGGAAUAUCGUAUCAAGAAGUGCAUGUUCUCCUCAUUGUGGUACAGGGUAUCGUCGAGUAUACUACAACUGCAUGAAGAUUUCCUCAAAAAAUCAACCCAGCGAAAUAGUAAACGAAAAACAUUGCAACGUGCUACCUAAACCGCCAGGUAAUGAGGAAUGCUACAAUCCUUGUAACACUACAAGAUGGGAUUAUUCAAACUGGACAGAGUGCUCCAAAACAUGUGGAGGGGGUAUUCAGAGAAGAUCUUCCAAGUGCGUUGACGAAAACAAUUUGUCUAUCGAUGAAUCCCACUGUAGUAAAACGGAGAAAAUAACAGAACAAAUAUGUAAUAUAGAAACUUGCCCCAUCUGGAGAGUCGUAGAAACCUCUUCCUGUUCUGCACCAUGCGGAGGGGGAUAUCAAAAUAUUACAUAUUACUGCCUUGUAGGUGGUCAUAUUUACGACCACAUGGCAUGUGAUGCAAGCUCCAGACCACCGUCUACAAAACCUUGUAACGAACAUGCUUGUGGUCGAUGGGUGGCAGAAAACGAGUUCCAACCUUGUUCAGUAACCUGCGGCGAAGGAAUCGAAAGACGACGGCACGUGUGCAAAAAGUUUGAUUCUGAAGAGGUUCUACCUCAAGAAUACUGUAGAGGCAUAAAACUACCUAGAGAUACUGGUAGAAGAUGCUAUAGGGAAUGCAACGAAAUAACACCUUAUGAUAUGCAAAGGAAUAUAUUAAACGAUGCUAGGAGAACCGUAUUUCAAUGGAUUCCUGGUCCAUGGAGCGCGUGUUCUCAAACCUGCGGCGGAGGAGUCAGUACACAGGAAUUCUAUUGCCGAAAUGAGUUCGGAGAAGAAAAUAAUUUGAAGUGCAACCCUUACCAAAAACCCCAAAAUCACAUAAGUUGCAAUGACCAAGAGUGUCCCAAAUGGAUAAGCUGGUCUUGGAGUCCAAAAUGUGACUCAAACUGUGAGAGACAUAGACAAGUCAUAUGCAUGGAUAAUUCAAGAGUUACGUAUGAGGAUAAUAGAUGUAACGGGACCAAGCCAUCAACUUCAGAAAAAUGUAAACUUGUUGAGUGUCCUCACAACAACAUUCCUAGAACGUACUUUGAUACCAAAGAUAGAGAAAAUAGGUAUAAAUGGAAAGUUGGCCCAUAUAAACAGUGCUCCACCAAAUGCGGCAAGGGCACACGCAGAAGGGCCGUCGAAUGCGAAGACACCUUAAACGAGAUCAUAGUAGUUGACUCACUUUGCAACUAUAAGCAAAAGCCCAACAAGACGACCAAAGCUUGCGAGAGAUUCCACUGUAACUACUCGUGGAUCGAAGGACACUGGUCCACUUGUUCGACAACUUGUGGUAUGGGAGUGAAAACACGUGAUGUAACGUGUCACAAAGUGCACCAAGGAGGAAUUGUAGAUCCGAAUCCAUUGCCUGACGUAAAACGUAGAAUAAUACAUAAAAAUUACUGCGAUUUGAACCACAAGCCAAAUUCAACUGCUCCGUGCAUGGAAAGUAACUGUGGAGAUACAUACGUAUGGCAUGCUGAGGAGUAUAAACAGUGUUCCCACCCAUGUGGUAAAAAAGGCAGACAAACGAGAGCUCUAAGUUGUAUAGAUGUACGUACACGUCAAAAAGUACCACGAUACUUGUGUCCAAAAAGUUUCAAACCACCACGAAAAAGAAAAUGUAACCAGUUUAGAUGUUUGUACAAAAGUUGCAAAGAAAUAAAGCACCACAUGAAAACCAAAGAAAAUAAAGACUAUAUUAUAUCGUUACAAGGAAGGCCAGUAAAGAUACAUUGUUAUAAGAUGGAUACUCCAGAACCUCAAGAAUAUAUAACGUUACAUCCAGACAAAGAUAAUUAUGCUGAGAUGUAUGACAAAAGAUUAAUGAAUUUAAAUUCGUGUCCCUAUGAUGGUAAUAGAAGGGACAACUGCCAUUGUGACCAAAUUAGUCCAGAACGACACGGAUUUACAAAGUUUUGGAAAGUUGGGUUGAAUAUUACUUCAAUGCAGAUUAUAGGUGAUGAUUUUACAUUCUCCAAACAAAUCAAAGGAACACGUAUUCCGUACGGAACAGCAGGCGAUUGUUACAGCAAAGUGACAGGUUGUGCUCAAGGACGGUUUUCCGUAGACUUAACGCAUACAUCUUUCAAGCUGUCACCCUAUGUCCGUUGGGAUAAAGCUGGCCCAUCUGCGUCCGCUGACAUUAGAAGAACGGCUACUUUAGUGCAAGGAAAAUGUGGCGGCUAUUGUGGAAAAUGUUUCCCAGAUAGUAAUUAUGGGCUGCUAGUAGAAAUCACUUAAGCAGUCCCAAGGAACUUCGGAGAUUUCGAGUAACAAUAGAUCUUGAAAGAUCUAGCGAUUGAAAUGGUGCAAUGUCGAAUUGUUUCGUCAAGUUGCCAAUGAGAAAAAAAGUAUUGUCAGUAUCUUAAGUAUUAUUGUGUAUAUUAGUAAAAUUUGGUCAGCUUUAAGAGAAGAAAAAAGGCUAACUUAGAUAUAAAAAAAACACUCAGCUUGCCAUUAAGAUGCAUUACAUAUCAUAGAGCAGCGAAUAGCUUAACUUGUUUAAUUGUCAACAAAAUAAUUUCCAAAAUCUUUUUUACUGCCAAAUCUGAAAAAUUAGUACAACUGUAGGUUCAACUGAUUUUUUAUGCGUUUGUGAACCCAAUCAAGAUUGAUCGAUCUUUUGGGAAAUUAUCAUUGACACUUUAUCAAGAUUUAGUUAGUUCCUUUAUUUGUUUGUAUUAUAUUUCUUUUUUUAUAGACUUCGAAAAAUAUAUCAAUAUGAAGCGUCAAAAUUGUGUACACUUUACCAGUGUUGAUAAGACUUCUCUCUAAUAACUAUGUCUAAAAUGUUGACCACACCCUUAGACAAUAAUAUUAAUAAUAAUAAUUGUAAAGACUGUUCAACCAUAUUUCAACGUUACGUCACCAUCAUUUGUCGAAUAUGAGUUUUAGGGGGUGUCUGAGUUCAUAUUGUUUAGAAAAUUCUAAGUACGUUCCUAUAUUACUGAUUAAGCGUGUUCCGUCUUUUUUUUUGGCAUUUAAUAAUUUUUUUCUUGAACUCUUCAUAUAGUUACGAUCCUUUUAGUACAAAUCUUUUGGAUUGCUGAAAUUUCUAUUUCUAAAGCAUCAGCAAUGCGCUAUGUCGUUUUAAAACACUAUCAAUUGAUAUUUUACAUAGGAAUAUUCCACCUUUGCAUUGUACCGUAUGAUCGAAAAAAAGAACCGGCGCAACGAUGGCUAUGAAACGAAGAUCGCCGUCAUGUUAUAUGUAAAAUUAUAUGGAGAAUGUCAACGAUCGUCACUUCCAAGCCAACUGGACGCCGUUUUUUUUUCGAUCAUACGGUACUUAGUUCAUAUACGGCGUCUACGGGCAAGAUUGUUCCACCAGCGUCUCUUUCUCGAGAUAAAUAUUUAUAAGCUUAGCAAUGAGCUGUUUUUCAUUUUGGUUAAAUCUUUGAAGCAAUUUUGUAAUAAAAAAAUUUAAUUUUGACAUUGAUCGAUGUCCGUCAAUAAAAUAUAUAACCUCAAAUCAAAUGACAAUGACAAUUACUAAAAAGAAUAUGCAGUAAUUUACGAAAGGCCGUAAUGACCUAACCUAACCUAUCUCUUUCAUCUGGUUGGCAAGUGACUGAGAGAGUUCGACAAUAUAUGAUGUGACGGUGAACGAUGACUGAACGUUCUAUACAUAUUUAAACAAUAAAUGUAACCAUAGUUCAUAUCCAAACAUCAAUUUCAUAUAUUAAUUUCAAAUUAUAAUGCAAAAAAUCAUCAUAAAGUACCCUUAGUUUUGAAG